AUGGGAAAUAAGUUGGAUUCAUGUUUAGACUUAAAAAAUUACGUUUUACAAAAUGCUCGUAAAGGUGAUAUUAAAAAUAUAAUUGAUACAAUUGAUCAUUAUGGUUGGACUAAAAAUUGGUUAAUGAAUAUUGGUGAUCGAAAAGGUCAAACACUUGAUCAAGCUAUUCAACGAAGAAAACCAAAAACUAUUCUUGAAUUUGGUACUUUUCUCGGUUAUAGUUCAUUGCGAAUUAUUUCACAAUUACCAGAUGAUGCUCUUUUCAUAACAAUUGAUGUUGAUUCACAAGCACUUGAAAUUGCUCGUAGUAUUUUUGAAUAUGCUGGUGUAACAAACCGUGUAAAAAUUAUUAAUGAUUAUACGAAUAAUGUUAUUCCUCAUUUAAGUAAAAUUUUUAAUAUUGAUUCAUUCGAUUUUAUAUUUAUCGAUCAUUUCAAAUCUAUAUAUUUACGUGAUUUUAAAAUGCUUGAAGAUGCUGGAUUAAUUAAAUCUGGAACAAUGAUUCUUGCAGAUAAUGUUAUUACACCUGGUGCACCAGAUUAUUUAGAAUAUAUUCGAAAUAAUCCAAAUUAUACAUCAACAUUUUAUAAAGAAAAACUUGAAUAUCAAAACGAGAUAGAUGAUGGUAUUGAAAUAUCAAUUCGAAAAUAA